UCUCUUUGUUUGCAAAAAAGAAAGGAGACCCUUCAAUUUUGAUUUUUGACCACGCAAUUGAAACUUCCAAUUCAUGGGUCUUUCUUCUUCACCACUCUCCAAAAUAAACAAAUAUGAAAUCAAUAGAAUAACCCAAAUCCCAAAUCCCAAACCCAAAGCAUUGAGCUGGGUUUCCCACAAAACUCAAAAAAAUGCUACCCUUGAAUCCUGAUUUCCUUCUUCUACCCCAUCGAUUCCUCUCUCUGCUUCCGACCCAACUGCGAAAACAACAUUCUUAGCGAUUCUCUCACAGGUAUUGGGCGUUUUUGGUGUAAGAUCUUCUAAUGGUUGUUGUACAGGCCACCAAGCUCAGCCUCCCCAACCCUUCUCUGUCUUCCCCUCAAAUAACUUCUCUUCUCUUUGAACCCCAUUCCCUCUCUCUCGCUCUCAUGCACUCUGACUCUUCUUUCUCUCUCUACCCCUCUUUCUCCCCCCUCUCUCUCUCCUCUCUCCCUUCCCCUCAAGCAGUCGUGCCCUCUCCAUGUUCUUCUGCUGCUUUUGUUGUUCUUCAGAACUCUAAUUCCAACUCUGAUUCUAAAGUUCUUUUCGUUGUCUCCGGCCCCCACAAGGGUGGGUCUCAGAUUCUCCUCCGGUUUUACGUUCUGGAGAGUUGUAAAUUGUUCAGGAGGGCUCGAGUGGUUUGCACGCAGAAGGAUCUUCGAUCUGAUGAUAAAUUGGGGGUUUUGGUUAAUUUUAAACAUGGGCUUUCGGUUUGCCUAGCUGGGUCGGUCAAUUUCUUCGCGAUGUACUCUGUUUCGAGCUUGAAGAUUUGGGUUUUUGCGGUGAAGAUGGUGGGCGGCGACGGCGGCGAUGAUGGGAUGGGUUUGAAAUUGAUGAGGUGUGCUGUGAUUGACUGCUGCAAACCCAUUUGGUCGAUUAGCGUUUCGUUUGGGUUCUUGUUUUUGGGGGAAGAAAAUGGGGUUAGGGUUGUUAAUUUGAGGCCUUUUGUGAGAGGGCGUGGUCGAAAAGUUAGAAAUCUGAAUGCCAAUGCGACUUCUAAUGCCAGACGUGAAGUUCAAAAGUCAUUUUUGCCUCAUGGAGAAGUUUGUGGAACUUCUGGAGGCACUGACUUGAAUGGUGGUUCUCUUGUUGUUAGCAACAGUGGCUUCAAUGCACAAGCCAGCAGAAGUGAUGAUGCUGGAAGUUCAGCGGUUUGCAAUGGAUACUUGGAUGGGAAGUUGGAUAAACAUUCUGUUUCUGUAAGACCAAGAUCUGUAAAAUUGAGACAAGAUUCAACCGAAGGAGGAUUAUAUUUUGUGGCGUUGAAGGGGAGAGGAAUUGAAGACCUGAAAUCUGCAAAAAUGAUGUCAUUAAAGGCAAUCUCAAUUCAAGCACUGUCCCCCAAGAAAAUUUUGAUCCUGGACUCUGUUGGUGGUUUACAUCUGUUGCACAUUGCUAGCACUGCCAAUGGAUCUGACUUUUCUUGCAACAUUCGGCCAUUGCCUCAUCUAAUGAAAGUUCAAAUGCUGACCAGUCUUCCUGAUAUAUCAAUAAGGAACCAAACUGUCUGGCUAGCUGAUGGGCAUCAUUCUAUGCACACGAUGGUGAUACCUGAUGUUGAUUCUGAUGUCACUGAAAAUAGGGGAAACGAGAGUGAGGAAUUCCUAAUGAAAAUAUCAGUUAUGCAAGUUAUAUUUGCUGGUGAAAAGAUUCAAGACAUAAUGUCCUUGGCUGCGAAUGCUGUUUUAAUUCUUGCACAAGGAAGCUUAUAUGCGUAUACAAUUUCCUGAAGUUGCGUUGCUGACUUUUUUGAAAGGACAUUUUCAUUCAAGGCUGUGUUAAAUGAUCUCUUCCAGAGUGGAGGCUUCUCGGCUUCAUGUUCCGCUCAAAUCCUAGAAAUGUGGUCUUCUAAUUAUCGUGUCACUGUAAGUCAAUACCAAGGGAGUCGAGAACUGCAGUUUUCUAACAAAUGCAUGGUGCAUAAGACUCAGAAAGACUCAACUCUGAAUAGAUUUUAGGGGGAAGUUUGUCAAAGGCAAAGCUGGAAUCCUUUAAAAAUGUGCUGCGAGGGCUUUGUUCGAGAGAAAUCAGAUGAUUUUUGAAGGACCACACUUGGGAAUAUGCUUUUAUGGAGUUCUGAAAUUCUGAAGAUGGAAGUCUUUCAACAGCAUAAAGCCACCACUCUGCUGUGUUUUGCCUUGGCCUUGCAUCCAUGAGCUGCAAGACAAGUUUGGGGCCAAGAAACGAGCAUGCUAGCUGUUGGUUUGUCUAUUUCGUCCUUAUCUUGGUUCAACUAGCAGAAAGAAUUUCGUAUGUUCAUCCGACCCGCUAUCAUGAAAAGAUACAACACAACAGAGGCCUUCUGUUGGUUUUACUGUUGCAAGAUGAAUGUCAUAACUCAUAAUUGCAUGGAUCCUCCUUACUCCCAACAUUCUAGUUUGAAUCUAUAUAUGCAUCUACUAGGACUGAUUUUAAUCAAGGAAUGUAUGUAGUUAGCUUUUUAGUUUGCUAUUUAAUUCUAAUGCCAACUAUUGUCCUAAUAUAUUAGCUUCUUUUUCCUAAAUACAGUUGGUAUUACUUUUUGAUGA